AUGAAGGAUUUGACGAUAUUGAAUGAGGGCAUUCUUAACCUUCAGUCUCAAGCAUUCCCCGAUCUCACAUUGAUCGAGUGCACAUUCGACGCUGUCCAUGACUCAAUGAUAUGUAUCAUGGCAGAUGAUGCCCGGGAUGUGUUUGAAGUCCAAAGAUUGGGCAAGAAUGGAGAUCAUCAAAUUCUUUGUUACUUCGAAAGCCCCUGUCCUGGGUCAGACUUAAUUUCAUUCAGACACUUCGAGGACAGCGACGCUAUGGUUUUCAUCUUGAGCAAUGGUGAUGUUGUCAUGGGAAAACCGGAUUUCGAAGCAAGCGACGGAUUUUCCGUUGAAAUUGCAGGACUGAUAGAUGCUAACAUCUCGGCAGCGCAAUGGUCUCCCGACGGAGAGAUUCUUGUUAUUAUCUCUAGUUCCUUGAAAAUGCAUCUUGUUUCAAGAUCAUUUGAACCGAUUUUCGAUACUCAAUUAUCUGAAGAGGAUACUUCAAAAGUCGCUGGCACCAAUGUGUCUGUGGGCUGGGGCCGCAAGGAGACCCAGUUUCGGGGGAAGGGAUUCAAGGCUUUAGAAAGGGAACGGGAAACACUCAAACAUGCCGGUCUUGAUCUGAUUGAAUCUUCUAUUUUACAUGAUCCUACGGUUAAAGAAGAGGAGAGCGGAAGGUUAUCUCUAUAUGACGACAAUUCAGUCCGGAUUGCAUGGAGAGACGACUGCGAAGUGUUCGCCGUUUCAUCUCGACUCAGUGAGAGGGAUUGUUCAUCGAGGCGUGCCAUUCGUUUUUACAGCAGGUUUGGAGAACUUGAAGCCGUCUCAGAAGCUGUAGAUGGCCUUGAUUGUGACAUUCAUUGGAGAUCUCUGUCCACUUUGCUCACGGCUUCUGUAUCAUCCAUACGAGAGUAUGAUCAAGAAGAUGAAAAGCUCUCAAAGGUAAUAUUUUUUGAGAGAAAUGGGUUGAGGCAUGGCGAAUUUGAGCGAGAAAGCGAAAUUGUAAAGCAGAUUGCGUGGUCAUGUAAUGGGGAAGUUCUAGCUUUGGUCUUACAUGAUCGAGUUCAAUUUUGGACGACUAAAAAUUAUCACUGGUAUCUUAAGCAAGAAUGCUUUAUAGAAGGCGACGGCCCGUCAUCUCUUACAUUUCAUCCAGAUAAGCCACUAACGAUCAUGACGAUUACGGCUCCCAAUACAGUAAAAGUUAUCACACUUGGAAUUACUGUGAAUAGUGGUCCAUCAGUAAAAGGAUUCGAUGGCGGUAUUGUCUGUGUAACUGAUGGACAUCGUGUCAACAUGACUCCUCUAGGUAUCAGCAAUGUUCCCCCUCCGUUAUGUUUGUUGGAGUUGAAUCAUAAAGAUCCCGUGAGAUCAUUUGCAUUCAGUGACACACAAAAAAUGCUCGUUACGUUAACCAGCAGGUUGGAAUUCUACUUGAACACAAAUAUUCACUUCGAAGAUGAUAGCGUACAGCUGCUCAAGCAAUUAAAGCUUUCGACAAAUUUCAUUAAAUGUGCUGUUUCUCCAAAGCAAGUUUGUCUCACAAAUCUGUGUAAUCUUUUUGUGCUUUCCGAUGGUCACUCAUUCUCGUUGAUCCAUAUCUUUAGUCUCCCGACAGGUGAGCUUCGUUCCGAGAUAAGGCUUCCUCUCAAAGGGGCGAUCCUCAAGCCUCUGGUAGAUGAGAAAAUUGCAGUGGUCGAGUUGAUAGAUGGACGCGUUUUGGAGGUUGAUGAGGGGGGAGAUCUAAAAGAGCUAUGCUCGUUUCCCCAGUUCUGCUCUCAAGUGGAAGCCAUUGUUACAAGAGAUGGUGGGAGGAUUGUCGUUGGCCUUAGCGAGAGCGGAAAAAUUUUUGGUGGACCUAGGCUUAUUGCGAGUAGUAUAACAUCAUUCAAGUUAACGGACCAGUUUCUUUGCAUUACCUCAGCACAAUCAAAGUUACAUUUCAUUCAUCUUUCGACAAUGGAUCAUGCAGAUUUAUCUUACAUUGGAUUUACUUCUAUUGACGACGAGAGAACGAGACCGAUAGAACGAGGGGCGUUAUUAGUGACCGUGGUCCCGACAAAGUACGCUGUGAUAUUACAAGCUCCACGUGGUAAUCUUGAAACAAUUUAUCCUCGAAUUAUGGUCUUGACAGCAGUGCGAUCAUUUAUCAAGGAGUUGCGUUACUAUGAUGCGUACAUUGCAUGCCGCGCACAUAGAAUAGACCUCGAUAUUUUGUACGACUACGAUGUCGAGCGAUUUGAAAAUAAUAUAGCUCAUUUCAUCGAACAAAUUAAACGAGUUGAUUACUUAGACUUGUUUGUUUCAAAUCUUCAUGAAGGUGACGUGACUAGAGAUAAAUAUUCAGAAACUUUACAAUCGCGUGGUGACCAUGGCCACACAACGGCACCUCAAUGCCCUACGAGCAAUGAGAAAAAGAAAGCAAGUAAGGUGAACAGAAUUUGCAAUCUUAUGCUUGAAGAGCUUGCACAAGAUAAAUACGGAGGGAUGUAUUUGCAAGUGCAAAUUACAGCAUUCGCUUGCCAGAAGCCUCCAAAUGAUGAUGGCGCUCUUCAGCUUAUUGCGGCGAUUGCGGAUGAGCUGUCCAAGGAUGAAGCAAUAACUCACCUCUGCUAUUUACAGGACGCAAGUCAUCUUUACAAAAGGGCUUUAGGCUUGUUUGAUCCAAAAUUAGCUCUAUGCGUUGCUCAAAGGUCGCAAAUGGAUCCCAAAGAGUAUUUGCCUUUCCUCCAAAGAUUACACGGCGAGCUGGAAUUUAAGAAACGAUUCAUAAUUGACGAUUACCUUGGAAAGCGUGAAAGUGCUCUCCGGUGGCUUUACGAACUUGGCGACGAGUUUAAGCUGGAAUUCAUUGAUUACGUUGUAAAACAUUCCGUAUAUGCGACCGCUCUUCGUUUAAUCAAGCACGAAUUCGAUCGAAGAAAUCAAGUGUUGAUGUUGUACGCCGAAUAUUUAGGGAAAACAUCUUAUUUUGAGGAGGCAGGCAGAAUAUUUGAAUCUCUUGGAGCUAAUCAUGAGGCUCUAGUAAAUUACAUUGCCGCUAGGUGCUGGAAAGAAGCAUUGUCACUUGCCAAGGAAAUUCAUCAAGACGAAAAGGUAAAAGAAAUUGCUAGAACCCUCUCUCGUCAACUAGAGGAAUGUCAUAAUUAUCGUGACUCUGCGAUUAUAGAAUCAAGUUUCCUAAACGAUGACUUGAGGGCCAUUAGGCUUUAUUGCAAAGCUUACGAAUUUGACUCCGCGAUACUUUUGACAAAGGUUUCCAAAUUAGAUGACAACAUUGUUGAUAUGGAACUAAGAGAGUCAUUCGGUAUGAUGAUUGAGUUACUAGCGGAUUGUACCAGCCAAUUAGCUUCACAAGUUAGUCGUUUGCGAGAAAUUCGCAAGAGAAAAGCGCUCGACCCCACAUUAUUUUACGACCUGACUAACACAGAGAUAGAAACACCUGACGACGUUUCGAUAGCAGAAUCUGAAUUGUCUACUACACCAUCUUUUUUCACAAAAUACACGGGCAAGACGGAGGGAACAGCAAAAACAGGUGCAUCGCGCCGGACUCUGAAGAAUAAGAGACGUGAGGAACGGAAGCGCGCGAAAGGAAGAAAAGGAACUGUUUACGAGGAGGAGUAUCUUAUUCAAUCUGUUGGAAGAAUGAUUGAGCGCUUGAAUUCCACCGUGGAUGACGCAACUCACUUGGUUCAAGGUCUUGUGAGGAGAAAAAUGUGGGAAGAAGCAUAUCAAAUAAGAACUUCUUGGGACAAAUUGACAGAGGAAUUGGCGGAAAGGGUCGAAGAGGUUUUUACUCUUUCGGAAAAAGAUAGGGAAAGGAUCGGUGAGAAUGGAGAGGUUUAUCUUAUUCCCGAGUUGGUCAGUCCUAUGAUAGUCCAAUUUCCAGUCAUAAAGUCUUUAAACUACUAG